AUGGGCGAUGAGUUUGGGUAUGGAUUUCCAAACUUUGAUGAGUACAAUGCUAUGGCUGGUGAAAUGGGUGGAGAUGACGAAAUGGGUUUGCCUGAGACGAACCCAAUUCCUGAAAUUGGUGAAGAGAGAGAAAUUGGUACUAGUGGGUUGAAGAAGAAGCUAAUCAAAGACGGUGAAGGAUGGGAUCAUCCCAAUUCGGGGGAUGAAGUUGAAGUCCAUUACGUGGGCACUCUCCUAGAUGGAACUCAAUUUGAUUCAAGCCGUGACAGGGAAACACCCUUCAAGUUUAAGCUUGGUCAAGGUGAAGUUAUAAAGGGGUGGGAUGAGGGUAUCAAGACUAUGAAAAAGGGCGAAAAGGCUCUCUUUACCAUUCCUCCUGAGUUGGCCUAUGGGGAAUCUGGAUCGCCACCUAAAAUCCCUGCCAAUGCCACUCUGCAGUUUGAAAUUGAGUUACUUUCUUGGACCAGUGUGAAGGACAUCUGCAAGGAUGGUGGAAUACUCAAGAAAGUACUGGUUGAAGGAGAGGGUUGGCAGAAUCCCAGAGAUCUUGAUGAAGUUUUUAUCAGAUAUGAUGCCCAACUGAUGGAUGGAACCGUUAUUUCAAAUUCUGAUGGAAUUGAGUUUGCAGUAAAAGAAGGCUGCUUCUGCCCUGCCUUGGCUAAAGCUAUUAAAACAAUGAAGAAGGGUGAAAAGGCUCUCUUGACAGUGAAGCCAGAAUAUGCAUUUGGUGAGAUGGGAAGGACCAAAACUGAUGAGGAAGUUACUGUUCCGCCAAAUGCUAUUCUUCAGAUUAACCUGGAACUAGUUUCAUGGAAAACAGUUUCUAAUGUCACCAAUGACAACAAGGUUGUAAAGAAAAUCUUGAAAGAGGGAGAAGGAUAUGAACGGCCAGAUGAUUGCACGAUUGUGAAAGUCAAAUUGAUUGGUAAGCUGCUAGAUGGAACUGUUUUUGUGGAAAAAGGAGAUGAUGUUGAACCCUUCGAGUUCAAGGUAGAUGAAGAUCAAGUGAUUAAUGGACUGGAUAGAGGAGUAAGAACCAUGAAAAAGGGUGAAACUGCUCUCAUUACCAUACAGCCGGAUUAUGCUUUUGGUUCCUCCGAGUCGCGACAAGAGCUGGCUGUUGUUCCUGGAAAUUCCCCUGUGUGUUACCAGGUUGAGAUGUUGUCUUUCAUAAAGGAGAAAGAAUCUUGGGACAUGAACGUGCAAGAGAAACUUGAAGCUGCUUCAAAGAAAAAAGAGGAAGGAAACCAAUGGUUCAAGGCAGGGAAAUAUGAGAGAGCCUCUAGGAGAUAUGAAAAGGGGGUGGGAUUCAUAGAAUAUGACUCCAAUUUCAGUGAUGAGGAGAAACAACAGGCUAAGGUGCUUAAAAUCAGUUUUAAGUUGAACAUUGCAGCCUGUAAACUGAAGUCAAAGGAAUACAAAGACACUGUGAAAAUGUGCACAGAGGUACUAGAGCUUGACAGUAAAAAUGUUAAAGCAUUAUACAGAAGAGCUCAAGCAUACAUUCAACUAGUUGAAUUGGAUUUAGCAGAAAUAGAUAUAAAGCAUGCUCUUGAAAUCGAUCCAGAAAACAGGGAUGUCAAAAUGGAAUAUAAACUACUGAAGGAGAAAGUGAAAGAAUACAACAGGAAGGAUGCACAGUUCUAUGGCAGUAUGAUUGCAAAGAUGCGCAAACUAGAGCAAACUGAGACAAAUGCAAACCAUCAGGCAAUGGCGAUGGCUAGAGAUAGAGGAACACCCUUCAGAACUUUAUCCAGCGUCCGGGAGAAAACAAGGGACUGCUUGUCUGUUGCAAUCAUGGCAGUGAGGGCAGGCCUUAGACGUAUUUCCACCAAGCUGUAUCCCUCUCUAAAGAGUAAAACAUCUUAG